UUCUACUUGUAGUUGUUGCCCAUGCUUCUGAAUUAUAUAUUAAGCCCCCUUAGUUGUUAUGGUAUACCUGUCCAUUACCAAUGGAGCUGAAAAGUUAUUGAUAAUAUUAUAGUUUUGGAUUAUGGGGACUAAUGUCUAAAUAAACUUCUCGUGCUUCUUGAUUUUUUUUGUAAUUGUAGCCUUGUAGACAUUUAGGAGAAUUUUUUAUUAUAGGCGUUUGAUGCGUAUCUUUACGUGUCUAACUCGUACAAUACUUAUUAUAUUUGCAGAGGGUAAGGCUUUGUACAUUUGAUUUUCCUUUACCAUGCCUAGGCCGUAUUUACUUUAAGGGAUGGGGGAAAUGACUGUGAUCAUGAUUUUUUAUGGUAAUUUUAAUUGGACACAACUGCUCAGUUAUACUAGUCGGGGUAACUCAGGGUAAGGCCAUGUACAUUCGGAGUUCCUAAGAGUUUUCGUAUCGCGGGACUUAUAUUGGGUGAUUGUUAUUGUUUUACUAGUAUAAAUUGCGUGAUAGUGCAUCGGUUACUACUCCCUCCGUUCCUAAGAGAUUUCCCCAAUUUCCUUUUUGGUCCGUUCCUUUGAGUUUGCCCCAUACCAUUAUAGUAUGUGGUCCUCACACGUUUCCUCUCAUAUUCUAUUAUUUAAAUUAGCAAAAUGACAAACUACCAACCCACCUGCGUUCUUUUGCCUUCUUUCUUAAUAAAGUGAAAAUUAUUGUUUGGGGCAAUCUUUUAGGGACGGAGGGAGUAUUUUAUUAACUUUUGGCAGUUAAGGUUUUAUAAUUUGGGUUUUUGUUUGUUUUGGUUUGUCUGUUUUGUCACCCUUUCUUUCGAGGUUAAGUUGAGAUUGUUGAACUCCGUGCUUAAUUCACCCUAGUUUUUUUUUCUUCUAAUGCUACCUUCUUUAAGUUGUGCCACUUUGUUUCUUUUUAUACCUCAACCACCUUUUUGAUUUCCAAAUCAAUCUUCCGUGGUUACCGCUUCUUGUACAUUUUUUUUUUUGUUUUCUGUCGAGGAAGUUCCUAUAUAUAGGCUUCUUUAGUUUUAUUUUCUGGACUGAAGUUUCCUGCAUUUGUUUUGGGGAGAAGAUGGCUGCAAAUGAUGUGCCUUGCUGUGAAACCAUGUUUUGGGUUUAUCUUACCAUAUGUGUGUCUCUUGUGUGCUUUGCUGGUCUUAUGUCAGGUCUUACCCUAGGUCUCAUGUCCCUCAGCCUAGUUGAUCUUGAGGUUCUUGCAAAGUCUGGCCAGCCCAAUGACAGGAGAAAUGCAGAAAAGAUUUUGCCUCUUGUUAAAAAUCAGCACUUGCUACUCUGUACCCUACUCAUAUAUAAUGCCAUGGCCAUGGAGGCUUUGCCAAUUUUCCUUGAUGCGCUUCUCCCUGCAUGGGCUUCCGUAGUGAUAUCAGUCACUCUUAUACUUGCGUUUGGUGAGAUCAUACCCCAAUCCAUUUGCUCUCAGUAUGGAUUAAGCGUGGGUGCAAAACUUUCUGUUUUGGUCCGUGUACUUGUCGUUCUACUACUGCCCAUUUCUUAUCCUAUUAGCAAGCUGUUAGACUGCUUGCUAGGCAAAGGCCAUUCUGCUUUGCUGAGACGCUCAGAGCUGAAAACUUUUGUGGACCUACAUGCCAACGAGGCAGGUAAAGGUGGCGAGUUGACCCAUGAUGAAACUACUAUCAUCGGUGGAGCUUUGGAUUUAACAACAAAGACUGCUAAAGAUGUUAUGACAAACCUGUCUAAAGUAUUUUCCCUUGAUAUAGAUGCUAAACUUGACAUGGACACAAUGGAGCUGAUAAUGAGCAAGGGGCAUAGUCGAGUUCCUAUAUACUCUGGAAGCCCUUCAAAUAUCAUAGGUCUUAUAUUGGUAAAAAAUUUGGUUAUUUGCCGCCCUGAAGAUGAAACUCCAAUAAGAAAUCUUACUAUUAGAAAGAUCUCCAGAUUCUAUGAUCAAUUGCCACUGUAUGAUAUACUGAACCUAUUUCAAAAGGGUCAUAGCCAUAUGGGUGUAGUUGUUAGAAAACAAGACGUGAAAGAUAUGUCAGAUGCUACUUCCAAUUCUGCAAUAUCUGUGGUAAAGGCGAAUGGAAUAGCAAAACCCGAACAAUCAGAAAGAAAAGGGGCGAAUCAUCAGCACCGUAGAAAAGAACAAAAGAAAACAUCAAAGAACACAUCCAUUGUGCAUUCAACCAAAACUGGAACUCAUAAUCUUCAAAUGAUUGAUGCCAUGGAGCUAGGAAAAAAUGUAAUUUUGCAUCACGAAGAGGAUACUGUUCUGCAGAUACCUGAUCUAGAUUCUUGUCUAGAUCCCAAUGAAGAAAUUAUUGGUAUAAUCACAAUGGAGGACGUUAUGGAGGAAUUGCUGCAGGAGGAAAUAUAUGACGAGACUGACGAUUAUGUUGACGUACACAACAAGAUACAAAUCAAUAUGUUAUCUGCCAUAAGAUCAUCUCCAAAAUCUACUGGAACCACAUUAGUUUCACACCGAAGUUGGAGUCCAGGAGCAUCAUCACCUCUUUCUUAUCACAAUACUCCAAUCUUGCAAUCUCCUACACAAUCAUUUGUUCCAUCACCCUUAAUACGACCAUCUCUUUUAAGCUCUCCUAUGAAAUCCAGAUUAGCUUCUCCCUCUAUAUUCUCAGGUAGUCCUACACAUACUUCUCCACUGAAGCAAGCAUCAGGCAUUUCAUAUGAGAAGCUGAGACAUUGAUUUUGUUUUCUUCAGAAAGCAUUCUUGCUUGUUCAUGUAUCAAAUUUAUGUAUCUAUAUAGUUUCUGCAAAAAAGUACAGAAAACAGAGGACUUCUGACAUAUUGUCAACUUAUGCAACAUUCUUGAGUUGACUUUCUGAACUUGUUAUAUGAAUACAGUCUGCCUGUUAGUGGAUGAAGUGAUGAACAAAAUAACUUCAGUAUGUUGCGGCUAAGAUUACCAUAUAACAUGUAUCAGAUACCGACUCAUGUUUGACAGUCUCAAUAUAUUCGAGACACCAACACAACGGAGUAAAUUUUUUAUUUACUCCGUUAUUGUUUUCAGUUUACUACUCCGUAAUAUAUAUACUGUAUCGUGUCUACUUCCUCUAUGUGAACAUGUUUAUGCACAAAAUUCCCCUUUUGAGGAUGAAGUAGGGGUCGGAUUUGAUACUACAUACCGUGUAAUAAUCUUUGAAGUUUCGUGUUAUUUGAUACUAAAAUUAUAUUUUGAGGGUAAUUUCCGUUUUUCCUGUUA